UCGCUCAUAAGCUACUAUACAAUCGAUUCGACAUCAUAAACACUGCAAAGCGAUGAGAAACAUAAGUUUAUUAUAUUCAAUUGACGCCUUUAGUCCUUCUCACGAACUCACUGCCAACAGUUGCUCACUGCUCGAAGCAAGCAAUCGCCAGACUUAUGAAAAGCGGUUAGCAGUGAUUAAUUGAAAUUUGCCUUUUUUGAGGGGUUUUCAAUUUGAAUUUGUGGAACAUUUUUUUGUUUUAUUUCAUCGAUUGGAAAAUUGAUCAAGUGAAUAGUGAACAAAUUAUGGACGUGUAAUGACGAAACAAUAAAACGAAGAGGUGUUUUAUUCAAAAACAAAAAUUCUAUCCCACGUUGCCACGUGACUGUAUGUCAAAAAGAUUCACUGAAGAGAUGUAAUUAUGUCAGAUAAUCCCACGGAAAAUGAUUUCACAACAAAAGCAACAAUGACGAAAAUGCAUGAUGAAUCGCAUAAAAAUAACGCCAAUAAAACGCCAAAACAAUUGGUAACAUCAAUAGCGAAACGUCGUUGGAAAAUUUUAGCAAAGGCACUAUGUAAUCGUCCAAAUUCAUCAUCGUUCGAUGAAUUCGAUGCUGAAAAUAAUUUACCAGCCACAAAUCAAACAAAUCUGACAACAUCAGACGAUUAUUUGGCAUCAUCCGUACGGCGAUUUACAUGCUUUCGUUUAUUUCAACGAAAUCCAUGCAUUAUACAAGAUGAUAUCGACAAUGAAAAUUGGUUUGUUUAUCAAACAACUGUCGAUGAUCGUGAAUAUUCGGUGGUCGUUCAUGAGCUGUGCCAAAAAUUUACGCCCGAAAAUCUAAUCGGUUAUAAUAAUACGGGCAAUAUAUGUAUUUGGCCAUCUGAAGAAGCGCUUGCAUACCAUGUUCUACAUCAUUUGUCCGCAUUCCAUCAGCUUCGUGUAUUGGAACUUGGCGGCGGUAUGACAUGUUUGGCUGGUUUAUUUAUAGCCAAAUAUACACAAGCCAAUUUUGUACAUUUAACCGAUGGCAACGAUCUAUCCAUACAAAAUGCAAAUCGAAUGCUCGCACAAAAUACGGCUAAUAAUUCAACGACAAAAAUCAUGUGCUCGGUAUUGAAAUGGGAGAAUAUUGAGAAUGUUCACGAUGACGCUCAAUAUGAUUGUAUCAUUUCGGCUGAUUGUUUAUUCUUCGAUUCGGCAAGGUCAUCAUUCAUAAAUGCAUUGUGGCUAUUUAUGAGACCAACAGGUAUUGCAUUAGUCAUGGCACCAUGUCGAGGCGAUACGCUCAAUAUUUUUUUACAAGAAGCCGCACAAAAGGGAUUCAAUUGUCAUGUACGAAAAUGCUACAAUCGUACCAUUUGGCAAAAACACUUGGAAUUACUGGACACAAACGUUUAUGAUGAAAAUAUUCAUUAUCCAAUUUUAAUUGAAGUUCGAAAACAAUCAAAACAACAUCGUGUUUCCAUCAUUCCUUUUACAUAAAAAAAAACAUAUUAUUCCUCGGACCGUUUCAUCUUAUUUUUCUUUGACAGUUUUUAGCAUUCCUGUUGAUGGUAGUUCAAAUUACAUUACAAAUUUUAGAUUUUGUUUUAAAUUGUAUAUAUGCUAAGAUCUGAAUAAAUAUCGAUUCUUUUUCUCUGAAGCAAUAAUAAAAUAGAUUUU